UUUAAAUUUCUUUCUCUUCGUCUUCUUCUAAUAGUGUUUUUCAUGGUAUUAUUGAUAUGAUAAUGAAAGGAUAAUUCAUUUGCUGCUUCUGUGAAAAGCUAUGGCUCUGCAAGCAGAAGAGACACAAAAACAGAUUCAAAGCCCACCAUUGAUUCUCGACCGGCUGUUAUGUGAAGAAGAAGAUUUAGGAGACUAUAGUUUUGAAAGUGAAACUGAAACCAUGAAAAAGGAGGCAUUUGCGGUACCUUUAUUCCUGAAUGAACAUGAUUUGUUCUGGGAAGAAGAUGAGUUGAUCUCUUUAAUGUCUAAAGAGAAACAAACCCAUGUUGGUAUCAUCGAUGCUUGUUCAGAUGAGUCUUUAGUUUCAGCUCGUAAAAAAGCUUUGGACUGGGUUUUCAAGGUUAAGGCAAACUAUGGGUUCAAUGCCUUGACCAUGGUUCUUGCUGUUAAUUACUUUGACAGGUUCAUUUUAAGCUUCAAGUUCCAAAAAGACAAGCCAUGGAUGGGACAAUUAGCUGCUGUGGCUUGUUUGUCUUUGGCUGCCAAGGUUGAGGAAACACAAGUACCACUUCUUUUAGACCUCCAAAUGGAGGAAGCAGAGUAUGUGUUUGAUUCAAAGACCAUACAAAGAAUGGAGCUUUUGGUGUUAUCAACACUGCAAUGGAGGAUGAAACCCGUGACACCAAUUUCCUUCUUUGAUCAUAUCACAAGGAGACUUGGAUUAAAGACCCAUUUGCAUUGGGAGUUCCCUUGUAGGUGUGAGCGUUUGCUUCUCUUCCUCGUAACUGAUUCAAGAUUCAUGCUUUAUGUUCCUUCUAUCUUUGCUGCUGCAACAAUGCUACAUGUUAUUAAGGAAGUUGAACCAUGCCAUUAUCUUGAAUAUCAGAAACAGCUCAUUGGAGUGCUCAAGAUAUGCGAGGAUAAAGUAAAUGCCUGCUAUGAUCUCAUCUCGGAGUUAUUGGAAAGCCAGUACAAAGGAAACCAAGGCCACAAAAGGAAGCAUGGAUCAAUACCGAGCAGCCCUAAUGGUGUCAUCGAUGCGUCUUUUAGCUGUGAUAGCUCGGAUGAUUUGUGGGUUGUGACAUCUUCUGUCUCGUCAUCACCACAGCCACCGUUCAAACGGAGUAGAGCUCAGGACCAGCAAAUGCGGCUACCUUCACUAAAUCGUAUGUUUGUGGAUGUGCUUAACAGCCAUCGAUAAAUCAUUCCUUGAUCCUAAUAACUGGUACUGUCCUACAUGUUAUUGAAAGUUCCUCUUUUCCAAAUUCGGUAGUAUUCGUUCUUUAACACAAUUGAUAUGUGUUUUGUCACUUAUUCGUUGCCUUCUAUGGUCAAGUUUUCGAACAUGGAUCAGAGAUGUAUUAGUAUAUGCUUAAUUCCACUUUGAUUCAUCUCUGGAGGUCAGUUGGGAGUUCGUCAAAUAGGCACGAGAGCCUCGCUAUGCUAUGGUUUCUGAUUCUUCUAAUGUAUUGC